AAAAAAAUGAUGAAAGAGGGGUGGAGGCAGGGGUCAAUCAGUGGAGUGGAGAGAUGGAAGUUGUUUAUGAUUACUAAAGGAUGAGGCAGGAGCAAUGGCUGGCCUGUCGGUGGAUCUUUCUCUUUUUCCAUUAGAUACAAUCAAAACACGUUUACAAAGCCCUCAAGGAUUCUGGAAAGCUGGUGGACUUCGUAAUAUUUAUUCUGGGAUUGGCUCUGUAGCUGUUGGAUCCUCACCUGGAUCUGCUGUAUUCUUUUGUACUUAUGAGAUGAUCAAAUCGACAUGCUCUCAUUCCAUUUCACAAAAAUAUCAUAGUUUUGUGCAUAUGUUAGCUGCAUCUUGUGGAGAAGUGGCUUCAUGUAUUGUUCGGGUUCCAACUGAAGUUGUUAAACAGAGAGCUCAAGCCAAUUCAAAGCUUUCUAGUUGGAAAAUUUUACAAGAAACUAUAAAAACAGAGGGCUUCAAAGGUCUCUAUAGAGGUUAUUUCAGUACAGUUUUGAGAGAAAUACCUUUUUCAUUUAUCCAGUUUCCCAUCUGGGAACAAUUCAAGUACAUCUGGCAAGUUAAACAAGGUUUUCCUGUAAAACCUUGGCAAUCAUCUUUAUGUGGUGCAGUUGCAGGAGGCAUAGCUGCUGGAAUUACAACACCUCUAGAUGUAGCAAAGACUAGAAUAAUGCUUGCAAAGAAAGGAACAGUGGCAGCCAGUGGAAAUAUUUUACCUGUCAUGAGAGAAAUUUGGUUUGAGAAAGGAUUAUCAGGCUUGUUUUCAGGAGUGUGUCCUCGAGUCCUUUGGAUAUCUGUUGGUGGAGCUAUAUUUUUCGGUGCCUAUGAGAAGACUAAGGACAUUUUAUUAAAUUUUCAACAUCAAUUAUGAUAUUUAAAAAUAUUUUGUUAGUAUUUAAUAUUUAUUUUCUUAGGUUUUAUUACUGUUGAGAAUUUUCCUAACAACUGUCAGUUAAUUAUAUUACACGCAGAAUGUUUCUAAAAAACUUACCAAAUUUCAUGAGAUUAUUUUUAAUUUAUAAUAUAUUGCUUUAAAUAAUUGACUGAAGAAAAGGAGAAAAAUUUCAUCAUCUUUUGUAGUUUAGUUUUCGAUACAUAACCAUUUGCUUCCAUUAAACUUGAAUAUUUAUUUAAAAAAAUUCUGAAGUUAAAUGGGCAUACAAUUGGAAUAUUCACAUAUGAAAGUGUGGAACAAUUUACUUUUUUACCUCUUCUUGUAGAAAUUCAUACUUUUAAGAGAAAGGAAUACUGGUGUGUGAAAGAUGGAAUUUUGAUUUUAAAAACUUACAGUCAUGCAAAUUUAGUAAUAUAAUUUUUAGCAAUGUAAAGAUAACAUACAUUCAUUUAAUAUAUUAAAUUGAUGUCUGCUUACAUGAUAUUGAGGAAACUUCAUAAUUUUGAAUUUUCUGAUGACAAGGUUAACACUUGAGGUGAUCACAAUGCUACCUUUUUUUUUAUAUUAUGCUAAUAUUAAAAUAUUUCAGCCUUUACUGGGCUACAUUUAAAGAUUGAAAUAUAAUAAGACAAUUUAAAUUUAGAGUAUACAUUGUAUUAUCAAUGAAUAUCUAGGAAAAACGACUUUAACUUCACAACAGCCAGUAUUAUCUCAGUGUGAAUUUAUUAUUUUUGGAAUAAUGUAUUUUGUGCUACAUUUCAUGCUAAAUCAAAAAAUGUCUUUAUAUGAAAUAAUCAUCUUCCUUUCUCUCUUUUAUUCAAUAAAGAUUAACCAAUUUAUUUAUUAAUAAAUACUCAUUUGUUGGUAUUGUGAAAUAUAUGGUAUAUAAUAAUUGGAAAACUAAUUAAAUAUUUCUUGAAAAAAUAAGAAUCUAAGUGCUUAUGGAGGAAAAAAUUACUUCAUAUUUUGUUAUUAAAC